CAAGUUUUGUGUAGUGUAGGAGAGGAUCAGGAGGUGGAAGUAGUACUGAAAUACGCUGAUCAAGACAAAUCACUUUUGUCAGGUACCCACUGUUCGUCACUGUUAGAUUUUUCUCUGGAUCCAACUUUGGAAACAAGCUAUGAAUGCAACCUAUACAUUGACGAAGCAGAAGAGUUGAAAAGAAAACGAUGCUUGCUAAGUGAUUCAAUUGUCCAAAUUUCUGAAGGUAGGGUAAGUCCAAUUCAAAGUACAUCGAGGUUACCAUGGCCUGAACUUGGUGAGCGGCAACAGGGUUAUUACGUGCGUAAGGCUAGAGAGGUUAUUGAAACAGCUUUCAACUGUCUCGCUCCUGGAAGUGAAGCCGAUUUGUGGUUUGCUACAAUGAAGACCAUGCCGCUUUCUCAAUCAAAGCCUGACGACAUCACAGAAAGGCUAGUGGAGGCUUUCAAGUUAGCUGAUAACAGACACACCCGAAUGCAAAUACUAUCCUUGUUUGUGAAUGCAUUUAGCAAAAGCCAACUAAUGGAGAUUAUCCCAGGUAUUUCUAAACGACAAAUCGAUGAUGCCCGCAGACACGCUGACUUGAGAGGACCAGGAAAGCCAAGCAAUGAUCCAGAAAUUAUAAGAGUGCGUCUUGAUGCAACGAAAACUGAUAACUAUCUAGAUUUUUUUCUUCAUCUUCCCUUUUGCAAGAUGUAUCAUAUGGCACAAAGUCGUUGAAUUUGGAUAACGGAGAGAAACUUCUUAUACCAGCGGCCAUACAAACUUUGAUUCCAUCCCGAAUCAUCAAGCAAUACCAAAGCUACUGCGAGAGCGUAGCUUUUGAGCCAUACAGUGAACGUACACUCUUCCGAACAUUGGAGGCAUGCUCUGCUUCAAAGCAGGUCUCGUCACAAGGACUUGAUUACAUUGCCACAGAAGGUGCGGAAGCUUUCGAUCAGUUGAAAUCCAUUGUAAACGUGCUGCAAGAGAACGGGGUCGAUGUCACCUGGGCAAAUUCUAUCAAACAGGAUCUAAAGGCUAGUAAGAGAUACCUCAAGACGGAUUACAAAACUCAUACGGGCAGCAAAGAGAGAUGUAAAGAUCACUGUACCACGUUUUCGCUCAGUAAUCCGAAUAAUAGUGACUACUCUACUUCAUGCAACCAUGAGCAUGAACUAUCCUGUCAUGAAUGUGCACGGCUUACUUGUUUAGUUGAAAAAGUCGAUGAGAAGUUAAAUGACAAGAACGUUCGUGUGACAGAAGAACAAAGGGCUAGAUCUCAGUAUGACCAUAAACAGGCCAUAAAUUCCAUCCUCUUAUGGAAGGCGCAUUUGCUUCGUACAGUAGUCCAGGAAAAGGCUAAGCAAGACGUCCUAACUAAUCUUAAUAAAGAAAGCACCCUUUUGAUCAUGGACUGGGCAAUGAAAUUUCUGCCAAUGAAGUUCCGCGAAAGGAUGGACGACUUCUAUAGUAAGGGUGGGAGAAGCUGGCAUGUGACCUGUUCGAUUAAGAGAGCUAGCGAAGAUGAGGACAGAGUUGAGGUGGACACAUUUGUUCACAUCCUUGACUUCUGUACCCAGGGUUGGUUCAGCGUUGCGUCAAUAGUCGAACACGUUGUUAGCGUAAUUAAGAUGGAAGACCUGUCCAUCACCAAAUUUUUCCUACGUUCUGAUAACGCCGGUUGUUAUCACAACACUGAGCUUCUCUUGAGUCUCAAAGCCAUGGGGAAAGACAUGGAGUGGAGUUUAAGCACUAUGAUUUCUCUUAUCCGCAAUCUGGCAAAGAUGUUUGCGACCGUACAGUUGCCUCGAUGA